ACAGCACUUGAAAGCCUGCCUGUCCUCAUGGGCAAAUGGGAAAGCAGAACCAUGAGGAUUGUCAGCACUCUGGAGAUUUAAUCCCAGUGCCCUUUGCAAAGCAGAGCAUUGUCAGCUCAAGUGCAGGCAAAACAAAGAAUCCCAGCCUGGUUUGUGUUGGAAGGGACCUUAAAGCUCAUCCAGUUCCAGCCCCUGCCAUGGGCAGGGACCCCUUCCACUAGAGCAGCUUGCUCCAAGCCCCUGUGUCCAACCUGCCCUUGAACACUGCCAGGGAUGGGGCAGCCACAGCUUCUCUGGGCACCCUGUGCCAGAGCCUCAGCACCCUCAUCAUCAAAAACGCUUUCCUCAUGUGCAAUCUAAGACUGUCCUCUUUCAGUUUAAGAGCAUUCCCCCUUGUCCUAUCACAUCUGUAGAUGCAUUCUAGUCACUGACCAGCAAAAUCAGAACUGGGGUCUAAAGUCUGCAGGAAGAGGAGGGAAUUCUGCCACUGCUUAAAACAACUCUAAGAUGGAGAAGUGCAUCUCCAAAUACCCCUCUGCAAGGCCAAUGAGGUGUUCUGCAAACAGGGGCCUGGCUGGUGAGCUCCUCUGGGGGGGACAAGGUGGCCUUGCCAGUAAAUGGUUCAGCUCACACAUGCAAAAGCUUUUCUUUAUGCAGUUGCACUUUUAUUCCUAGACCCAGUCCCUGGGAACCAGAUGGGGACAGGCUGAAAGGAGCCCAUCUCCUGGGAACAACACAUCUUUCUCCAGGAAUUCUGAUUUGGGGGACAUGUCUUUGUGGCACCAGAAAGGAGAAAGCAGGCACAUGCUUUGUAAAGCCUGGGGGUUGGUUAUCCUUCAUGGGAAGGCUGUGGAAGGGGUGUACAGACACCUAUGCUGACACUGACCUUCUGGAGGCAAAGUUCCAAGCACCCCUGCUCUCUCCUACCCACAGCAAAGGCCAAAGCAGCCAGAGUGUCCUGUAGGUAUAAACCCAAAUGUGCAUGGGUUUUCCUGUCCCAAGUGCCACCAGAUAUGAGGCAGGAGCAACCUGCAGGAACUGUGCUUUGCUCCAGCCUGGUGCACACGUGCUUGCAGAGAAGCACCCCAGGUUCACCCUGGAGCCCUCAGACCUAAGUAAACCCAGCAUAAGGAGUUUCCCCACUUCUAAUUCUGACAGCUAGCACUGCCAGGAGCAGAAUACCAAACACAUGAGUUCUGCCUGCUCUCUGCUCAUCACACAGCUGAGUUAACCCCACAGGUCUGUUUACCUCAACCCCAUUGCCUGGGGCAGUUUCGAGGUUGCACUGAUGCCUUUGCACUGGAACAGGCACGAAGCCAUCAUUGUAUUUACUGUGUGGAGGGAUGGAAGGAGAACUGCUUGAGUCAUCGCUCCCUGUGGUCCCUGUGGCUUGGGGCUGGGCUGAACCCAGAGCCUGGCCCCAGCUCCGCCUUUCUCCCCUUUUAAAGGUGGAAGCAGCCGCUGUCAGUUCACUGCUCCACUGCUUCCUCUCGUGUCUCUCUCUAGGGAGAAAGUGCUUCAUGUCUUGGCGUGAACUGCUUCCCCCCUGGCUGGUGAUCGUGGCAGGACUGACGGGCAUCGUGCUGCUCUGCGUCUCCACUAAAGAUGUGCCCUACACCCCUCUCAGGACCAAGUAUGGCAUUGUUCUGGAUGCUGGCCCAUCCCGCACCAACCUGUUCAUCUACCAGUGGACCACCACCAAGGCAAAUAAGACCGGGGUGAUCAGGGAAUGUAGUUCCUGUCCUGUGCAAGGUCUGGGAGUCUCCAACUACACAGAUUCUCCUCAGAAAGUCAUGGAGAGCCUGCAGCCCUGUUUGACCUGGGCCCAGCAAGAGAUCCCGGCAGAGCAGCACAGCCAAACCCCGCUCUACCUGGGAGCAACUGCCAGCACAAGGCCGCUGAACCUCACCCAUCCCAUCCUCUCUGAUGGUCUCCUUGCAGCCCUGAAGUCAUCUCCUUUCAAGUUUCAGGGGGCACAAAUCCUGUCCAGUCCAGAAAAGGAAGCAUUCAAUUGGGUUGCUGUUAACUAUGUCCUGGAGAACUUCUUCAAGUACGACUGGCGAGGACAGUUGGUCCCCUCCGGGAAGGGGAUGGCAGGAGUCCUGUUGGUGGGAGGAACCUCAGCACUGCUCACUGCCAACGUGGAAGAGGAGAAUCAGGCACCUACAGAGGAGGUGAAGCUGCAGCUGUAUGGUCAGACACACAGAGUGUACACUCAUCACUGCCCCUGCCAUGGCACAGCCCAGCUCCGCAGCAGGCUACUCGCACUGCUCAUUCAAGAUCAGAGAGGGGCUAAAACUGUGUCUAAUCCUUGCUGGCCCAUCUCCUACUCCCGGGAAGUGCAGUGGCAAUCGGUGCAUGCUGGGCCUUGUGCUGUCAGUGAGGACACAUCAGACAUCUCUGGCCCUGAGGUUUUCAAUAUCACCGGCUCCAGCAAUCCCACCACGUGCAUGAGACUCAUGCAGAACCUGCUCAACUCUUCCUCUUCCUGCAGCUUCUUCGAGCAUUCCCUCAGAGGAGCCUUCAAGCCUCUCCGGACCCGGUUUCUGGUGAUUUCUGAGGCCAUGGACUUCAUGAGAGAAACCAUGCCCUCUCCUGACUUGGGUCAGGCAGUCAACAGGCUUUGUGGGAUGUCCAUCAAAGAGCUGGUGAAGGAGUCCCAGACAAGCCUGGAUACACUUGCAGAUUACUGCCUUGUGUCUGCCUUCAUCUUUCACCUCAGUACAAAGGGAUACACCUUUGACUUCAACGGGUCUGUUUGGACUUCAUUCCAGAAGAAGAUGGGUGAUAGAUCCUCUGGCUGGAGUCUGGGAUACCUGCUGAGUCUGACCAACACCAUCCCCCAGGACAGCCCGAGCUCUCUCAAGGGGAUUGAGCCAGGGGUCUGGUCUUUGCUCCUCAUCCUCUUUGUCGUGCUGCUCACUGGCUCUUUCAUGCGCAUAUCAUACCGAGUGAUGGUGAAGGAGAACAGCUUCAGUAACAGGAACAGCAGUGUCUUUGAUGACAUCUGACCAUUACUCUGGGACUCGAUACUUCUGCCAGAGGGCAGUUCAUAGGGGUAUACAGAAAUCACACCACUCUAAGUCACUGGAGGAUGCAAGUGAUUUUCCUGCAGGACUCUCAGAGCCCCAGUGCCUUACUUCAACUUGCUAGCACUUGCACUGCCAUACUUUGAGACAAUGGAUCCUGCUCUACAGGAAGCCUGUGAUUCCUGGUGGAUGGCAAGCUAUUCCUAUCCAAAUGAGGUAGCCUGCACUGAUCUUGCUUGGGCUGCAACUGGGAUUACUCAUGUCAAUGUAAUGGAAUUAUGCCUCUGGGCAGGCAGGCCCUGAGCUAAUACAGACUUAAUACUGAAUAACACUGUCAAAUCAGGAGAGGACGUGUCUGAAGAAAGUGCUGUGUCCUCUUCUGUGGCAAGAGAGACACCGCCUGCAGUAUUGCCACCAGCAAAGACUGGAACAGCGUUAAAUACAGUCGGAACACGACAAGCAACUUGC